AUGUCGAGCAAGAUUGUGCCAAAGCAGUACUACGCUUUGGUCGAAGAUGUGAAACGUAUUUCAAAGAUUAACUGGAAUGCCUUCACCCUACGUGUUCUCCUUGAUUGCCUUCGCAUAGUGAAGAAAGGCAAACACCUCCGCCAAUGGCCGAAAGGCAAUUUGGCUCUCUUGCAGUACUUGUACUGGGAGAAGGUGCAACCGGUCGAAGGCGAAUGCGCCUAUAAUCCCAACUUGUCCAUACAACCUCUUAUGAGGAACUGGACCGAAGGUGCAGCCACUAGGAGAGAUCGGUUCGACUAUGACAAUGGGCGCGGCCGUGGUAACGUCAGGAUCAAAAAUAAUAUCACCCAGGAUUAUAGGGCUCGGGAGCCCAACAUCCCAAAUAAUGUGCCCACCAUGAAGCCAAAAACCAAGCCUGCAAAUGGAAACGCAAAGAAGUCGACGACAGCCCCAAUGUCAGAAGAUUUGAUGGAGCUUCUAAUGAAGCGGUUCAUGGACUUCAUACACACCCAGAUGAGGGAAAUCCCUGAUCAAAGGUUGUUGGAGAAGUUGAACAAAUCAGGUGUCAUGUGCAAGCCGGCUGCUGCCGUGCCAUCCGCGGACAAUGAUGUGGAUGAAGAACUGGAUUCGUUCGAGAACGGUCCAUAUGAAAAGAAGGAAUUCAUGUACAAGGAUGACAUAGACUCACGCGGAGAGCCUGUCAUUGACAUGACGCAGCCUGAUGAAGUGGUUCCCAACCAUAAAACCGUACCUGAGAAAACCCCACCGAAGAUGAAUGGACACAAGGAAGCUUCACCUAUUAGGCGUAAUGAUGAAUGUGGCGCUACACCCGAAAACCCUUGGGUCGUUGCUCUGUUUUCUGAAAAUCAUCAGCCGGAGGUUGUGGCAGAUGAGUUGACGCCGGAAAUAAUUGAUGCAGUUGUUUCAUUUGUCGAGUUAGCUGCUAGCACCGAGAAGAAUAAGGGGAAGAAAGUUUACUACAGUGAAGGGCGUGGCAUAUCUCUGACUUCCAAAAGGAUUCGACCGGUAAUUGAUGCUUAUAUGGGACAUUUGGAGCUGCACGUUGGUCAUGAUCGUUACCUCUGUCUAGCGUGGAGGUCCAAAUUCCUUGUAGAUCGUGCUAUCGCACGAGACGAUCCAUUGCCGUCGAGCUGCAACAUGGAUAGUGCUCUGUCCAAAGCUGGAGCAGUUAAUAGAGUCACGAAAGAGUAUACUGUGCGUGAUAAGACGUAUAUCGCGUUGAAUAUCGACAAUGCCCACUGGAUGACCGUGGUCAUGCACUUGAUCAAGCAAGAAUUCCAAGUUCUCGAUUUGCUCUAUCCUCUAGACCUGACAGAAAAGACUGUGAAAGCACUGCGAAUGGCUAUAGCACACGAUAUGCACCUAGCAAAUCUUAUUACACCAGGGAAAUAUCUGGACGUAAGUAAGUGGCCUAGCAAGGAGUAUGACAUGCCCCAGCAAGAGGAUGGAAUGUCUAGAACAUUGGGACGGGGACCGAAUGACCCGCGAUUUUUCACACAGGCCACCAUUGAUGCAAGGAGAAGACGUUUCGUCGCGGAGUUGAUUAUGUCACCUUCGAACACGAUGGAGUGUGUGAAGAACAAAAUUCGCCAAAUCGCAAACAAAAGGCGCGCCUGA